CCCGGAAACCAAUUAGAAAACCGUCUUUAUUUUCCAGUUUAUGUCAGAUUUGCCCUUGGAUGCCUAAGCAUGUCUUAUUCUCAUUCGUGAUUGCUGCUCCUUCGAUUUUAAAUUGAGAAUUAUUGAGAAGGCAGUAUUUGAAUUGAGAUUAGACACAUGCCUUUAAAGGUUAAGAUAAGUAUUUUUGCACAAAUCCAUAGGAGAAAUUUUUGGUCCCCUCAAUGCUGGCAUUUGAAGUAGAAUUUGUUUUUCUUGUUUGAGCUGAUGUGAACUGAGACAGCUUUCUUCUACACUGUCAAGGUUUUAAACUUGUAUCCCUUCCUUUGAUUUGUGUCAGGGUGAACCGUUUGAUGUAAAAGACUUGACUCCAUAAUCUUCAACUGCCCUAAUGCUGUCAUCUGGAGUAGAGACUCAGCCAGUUCCUCUUGAUUCCUCCAUGUCUGCUGUGGUACAGGAAUUAUACUCUGAACUCCCAGUGAGUGUCUCCAGAGAACUUCUUGCUGACCCUGAGCCACAUGUGAUUCCAGAUGUAAAACCUGGAGCCCCAAGCUCUCUUAAAAGGCAGAGUAGGACAUUGCCUGUGGAACUGCAGAGGACUCAUGCAGAAAGUUGUGAAGAAGCCCCUGAGACCUUGGACCAUGGGGGCAAGCCAGGGUGGUGUGGGCUAGUGGACUGCAUGGCAGGAGGUUCUGUGGCUUCUGAGAUCUUGGAUAGGGACAAGAAAAUCAAGAGCAUGGAACUAAAGGUCUUCAGAGAUCCAGGGGAUCAGGCGGAAGCUAUCAGAGACCCCUGUGAGGGAGCAAAGGAAGACCCAUGUCAACAUUCCACAGCCGCUGAAGACAAGGUCAGCUCAAGUCAGUUCCGAUGCAGCAUAAAAGCAGGCAGAGACGGGACAUCAAUGAAUGCAUGUGGCCGUAUCCCAGUGGAACUUCUUUUUUUGCAGGUAGGGUCUUGCUGUGUUACCCUGGGCUGACUGAUAAAACCUUGCUAAAGAGAAAUCUGAUAACACUUAACAAAACUAUAUAUAUCUUGACCUGUUGA